AUGGUUUCUGAAAAGGUUAUCCUUGACGACCCACAUUUCACAGACUCGCGCCUUCAGUCUUUGUAUUCUAAUUUCAAUCAUUUGAAGGAGAAUCCGGACGGAUUGGAGGCAAAUAUCAGCGCUUGGAAGAGUCUUUUAUUAGAGACAAAGAGCAAAUGCGCAUCUGAAUUCCCAGAUCAAGUGGCCUUUGAUGCCGACUCGCUCGUGAAACAAUACUCUUUACCUUCCAGAGGACUCACGCCUCAAGGACUGAACAAGGUUAUCGACCAGAUGGUUCAUGAACAAGCUCUUAUUCCGUACUCUAAAUUUCAACAAGACCCAGGAUUAUUAGGCCGUGUGGUGGGGUGGGUGUUUGGGCCCAGAUAUCGAAGCGGGAACGAUCAGAAUGGAGUUUUGAAUCAGGGCGAGAAGUUCGUGGUUGCAUCGGAGCUUGCAAAAUGGAGCAAAAACUUGGGAUACUAUCUCAGCAACAACUCACCUUUAGUCAAAGACCAUCUAAUCUCGCUGGCCAGUGAAGAGCUGGAAAUGUCCAAAUUUGAUAUUGAAUGCUGCUUGUUGAAUCUGGAGCGCGAGAAGAAGAUCGUUGUUUCAGAAGAUGUCGUGCAGUUUGUUGACAAGUCGCAGCAAGAAGUGAACUUGACGGAGGAGCAAGUUGAGUCGAUUGCAAACUUGAAAUACGCCAUUUACAAGAUGACGAAGUACAACGAAGAAACAGAGUUGAGAAUCCAGAAGCUGGAUAUCCGCAUCAGAGAAUUGGUGAAGAACAAACAUAUGGUUCGCGCAAAGUCUGAACUCAAAAUACAAAGAGCUCUAACUCAAAAGCUGCAGAAAUCUUCACAGGGUCUCGAGAACCUGGUGAUGCUUCUCUACAAGAUCGAAGAGGACAGUAACAACAUUCUGGUGGUGAAAACCUUGGAGGCCAAUUCGAAGAUCCUCAAGGAAAUGAAUGCUCAGGUUGGAGAUAUCCAACAUGUGGUGGAAGAAGUGCGCGAAGAAUGGGAUAAGGUUGACGAACUCAGUGAGCAUCUGGGAGCUCUCAACGUGGAUGACGGGGAUAUCGAAGAAGAGUUGCUGCAGAUGGAGAAGGAGCAAGAGAGCAAAGAAGAUGCUACUCAGGAGGAACCGGUGCCCGAAGUUCCAACAGAAGAGCCUGUACAAGAACCAGAGCCAGAGCAUGUUGAGACCUCCGAAGACCCUGAUUCUGCGCUUCUGGAACGGUUCCAGAAGCUCAAGUUGCCCGCAAAGGAGCCUGCUGCCGAGAAAAACCUCGAAUCUCCAUUACCUAUCUAA